UUGUGCUUUUAGUGUUGUUGUCUUCUUCUUCAAUACAAAAAGUGUGAAGCAGUACAGUCCUAGAUUAGAUAGAUUCUACCACAAAAGAGUGGUACAAAUAGUGAGUCAAGUGCAUCAAAGUUUAACCUAAAACUGCACUUUUGGUAAGAGAAAGGACAAUUUUGGUGUUGUAAAGAUUUUGAUUUGGUGGAGAGAAAUCUUUGGUUUUAAGUAAGAUCUAACUGAAAUUAGUACUACUAACAACCAACAACUACUGCUACUCAUUUCUCUUCACUUUUGUAGUUAAUAAUAAUUUAGGAAGAAGAAAUUAUCGAUAGACAGAAAUGAGAGUUGAGAAGAAAGGGGUAGUAGUGGUAGUGAGUGAGAUUAAUAAUUUCCGGGGACUGGAAGUUGAUUGGGUUGGACUUGUUGAUUCUGAGGUCAAUAAAUGUUGCAAACACCAGCAUUAUCAUCAGUGCUGAUACUACUCAUGUCUGGAAACUUUGAUUGGCUCAAGAGCAAGAUCUUAUCAGGUUGCAUUUUUUAAAAUUGAGGAGAUAAGGGGAACAAAAAUGAGGGCGAGGAACAAACAAAGGAAACAUAACAAAUGGUCAUUACAUGCAAUAGUGUGGAGUCUUGUGGGAUGCGUUCUAAUUCUCCAUCUUUACUCCCUUGUUCAUCACAGGGAUGAGGUGGGAGAAGACGGCAAGGUCCAUUUCAGUCGAUUCCCGAUGAUUCACGAACUUGAAGAGAUAGAGGAGGAACUUUUUCCGAUGCCUUCAGCAAGGAGCAAACGGAAUCCACGUGCUGAAAAGCGGAGGCCAAAGCGACACACAACAUUGAUUGAGGAAUUCCUUGAUGAGAAUUCACAAAUACGACACUUAUUUUUUCCGGAUCAAAAAUCUGUAAUAGACCCAAGGAUUGGAACAGGGAACAAUAGCCUUUAUUUCUAUCCUGGGAGGAUAUGGUUGGACACCGAUGGAAAUCCUAUUCAAGCUCAUGGUGGAGGGAUUUUGUACGUUGAGAAAACAAGAACAUAUUAUUGGUACGGAGAAAAUAAAGAUGGUCCCACCUACCAUGCUCAUGAUCAAGCGCCUGCACGGGUUGACAUAGUUGGAGUCGGUUGUUACUCUUCCAAGGACUUGUGGACGUGGAAGAACGAGGGAAUUGUGCUGGCCGGAGAAGUAACAGAUCCAAACCAUGAUCUCCACAUACUCAACGUGCUCGAGAGACCCAAGGUGAUAUACAAUGACUACACAAGAAAGUAUGUAAUGUGGAUGCAUGUUGACGAUGCUAAUUACACCAAAGCCUCCACUGGUAUUGCAGUUAGCGACUACCCAACAGGCCCAUUUGAAUACCUCUACAGUAAACGACCUCACGGCUUUGAAAGCAGAGAUAUGACAAUCUUCAAAGACGACACAGGCAUUGCCUACAUAAUUUACUCCUCUGAAGAUAACAGCGAACUUCACAUCGGACCACUCACAGAUGAUUAUUUGGACGUAACUCGGGUAAUGAGAAGGAUUCUUAUAGGGCAACACAGGGAAGCGCCUGCAUUGUUCAAAUAUCAAGGAACUUAUUACAUGAUUACAUCAGGUUGCACAGGAUGGGCACCAAAUGAAGCACUUGCACAUGCAGCUGAUUCCAUGAUGGGGCCAUGGGAAACUAUGGGAAACCCCUGUUUAGGAGGGAACAAGAUCUCCAGACAAACAACAUUCUUUGCUCAGAGCACAUAUGUAGUUCCAUUGGUAGGCUUUCCAGGUUCAUAUUUAUUUAUGGCUGACCGAUGGAACCCAGCUAACCUAAGUAAUUCAAGGUAUAUAUGGCUACCCUUGAUUGUUGGGGGAGCUGUCGACGAACCUCUCGAGUAUAAUUUUGGUUUCCCAUUAUGGGAUAGAGUGUCAAUAUACUGGCAUAAGCGAUGGCGCCUUCCUGAUCGUUGGUGGGCUGCGCAGUAAUAUCUCGGAACCAUUUUGAUUGGUUUCUUCUGUAUCAAUAGAAUUCUUACCAUUUGAUUAAUAACUUCACUAAUAGUGAAUUGUGAUAAUAUGAUUGUUAAGAUGGUGUUCUUAUGCCACUGUAAUCAAUAAGCAUAUUCUUUCAAGCA